AUGGGCGGAGGGAAGGAGAGCAUCCCACAGGACCUUCAGCUGACCCCCACCCCGGAGCUAAGGCGGCAGCCCGCCGGGCCCUCAGACUUCCCUGUGGAGCAGGGCUCCAUGCGCGAUCCAGAUGCCCAGGAGGACGCAGCCAGCCUAAAGCCUGGCCACCUGUCAGUUGCCCAGGUGGAUGGAGAGAACUCCCAGGGGCAGACAGCACUGUUUCUCUCGGCACUGCUGGGCCGCUGCUCCGCUGUGCGGCUCCUGCUGGCCUUUGGUGCCAACCCCAACCACCGCUGUGUGGAUGGCAGCACCCCGGUGCAUGCGGGCGCCUUCUCUGGUCGCAGCGCAGUGAUGCUGUGCCUGCUGCAGGCAGGGGGCGACCUGCGGCUGCACGACCGGCAGGGUCGCACGCCUCAAGACUGGGCUGAGCAGGGUGGUGCGAAGCGGAGCUGGGAGGUGCUGGAGCUGUUGGAGCUGUGCCGAGACCACAUGGCAGCUCUGGUGCAGGGCAGGGCGCUGACGUCUGGCACAGUUCUGGGCAGGCUGCCGGCAGGCUCCAGGCGUGGCCUGUGUGGCACCCUGUGCUCCCUGCGGGGGUUUCAGGCAGACAGGACACCGAGGCCAGGACACAGUGGCAGAGCCCCUCAAGCCUCAGUCUUGGGGUAUGGCCAGAUGAGCAGCCUGCGCCCCCUGGCACUCGCCAUGGGCAUCCCUCUGGUGGACCCCCAGGAGCUGCUGCCAUCCCAGGCUGAGCCGGACUGCACCUACGAGAGCAGCUCCCGCACCCUCAUGACCAACCUCCUCUGGAGGGGCCACCCUAUGACCGUGCGGCAGCUGAAGCCCCCCGAAACCCAACCCGAUGUGCUGCUGGCUGACCUCCAGUGCUGCAGCGCCCUGCACCACCCCAGCCUGCUGCUGCUGCUGGCGCUGGGCCUCUCGGCCGACCUGUCAGGGCUGUGCCUCCUCUUUGAGCCCGUGGGCCUGGGCUCCCUCUACGUUAUGUUGCACCAGCCGAGACCACAUGAGCAGAGCUGCCCGCGUGGGCCAGGCAUGCCGCCCGCGCCCCUGCUGCUGCAGGUGCUGGAGGCCCUGCUGUUCCUGCAGGCCCGCCGCUGGGCCCACGGUGGCCUCAGCUCCCAUGCCGUGCAGCUGGUGCGGCCGGGCCUGGCCAAGGUGGGCGGCCUGGAGCAUGGGCGCCCGCUGCACCCAUCCUGGCUGCACCUCAGGCCCCAGCAUGGCUACCUUCCCAGAGGCCCAGGGCCGGGGCCGCCCCCACCUCCUGAACUGUACCCAUGGCUGCCCCUCGAGCUCAUCUGUAGUGACGUGCCAGCCGCCACCUCCGACCUCUACAGCUUCUGCCUUCUGGCCCAGGAGGUCUUCACUGGACAGCUGCCCUGGGCUGGGCGAGCGGGUCUGGAGGUGAAGGCUAAACUGGAGGCUGGCAAGAGCCCAGACCUGGACCCCCUGGUGCCGGUCCCCUACCAGGCCCUGGUGCAGGCGGGGCUGGGCCUCAGGCCUGCCGACCGCUGGGGCAGCCUGCAGAGCACCCGCUACCUGCUGCGCAAGGCCAUGGCCCAGGACGUAGCCCCUGAGGUCAGCUCCCCUGCGACGUGGACACUGUCCCCUGGACCUCCACGCUGCCCAGCAGGUGUGGGGGGCAAGGACAUGUGACGCGGGGUGCUGGGCACCGCCGAGCUGGGCCUGCCCAUACUCAUGGGACGAAUUCACCUCCCCAGAGACCCUG